CAUGCCAUAUCCGACGUCUCCCAGACCUGCUCCAUUCUCAAAACCCUCGGCUACCGCCCCGACCACGAGGUCGUCAACGUUUCCAAGGCCAGGCUCACCGUCAUUGAUUCCAAUUUGGCAAAGAAGCUAGAAGAGCUCAUUCUCACGCCCCGCCUCGCCCUCGGCGUCGUCGUCGAAGAUGACAAGGUGGGGGAUGAGGGUUUCACCAGCGACCAAGUCCAUGAGGAGGUGGUUGGGAUUCUACAAGAGGCCUCCGGAAUCGAGCUAGACAAGGUCAACCUCUCUGGUCGGCAGUUGCGGUUCUUGCCCGAGGCCUUUGGCCGGAUUCACGAUUUGCUUAUGCUCGAUCUUUCCAAUAAUGAACUCCAGGUAAUUCCUAAUUCAAUAGCUAGAUUAGAGAAGCUUGAAGAGCUAAAUUUGUCUUCAAAUCUUCUAGAGGCACUGCCAGACUCAAUCGGGAUGUUGCAGAAUUUGAGUUGGUCAAUCUGGGUUCUUAGCUGA